AUGGCCAACGACGAGUACGAUUUCCUCUUCAAGGUCGUCCUGAUCGGAGAUUCUGGUGUCGGUAAAUCCAACCUCUUGAGCCGUUUCACCCGCAACGAGUUCAACCUCGACUCAAAGUCGACCAUCGGUGUCGAGUUCGCUACGCGCAGCAUCCAAGUCGACAACAAGACCAUCAAGGCUCAGAUCUGGGAUACCGCCGGACAGGAGCGUUACCGUGCCAUCACCUCAGCUUACUACCGCGGUGCCGUCGGUGCCCUGCUCGUCUACGACAUCAGCAAGCACCAGACAUACGAGAAUGUCACCAGAUGGCUCAAGGAGCUGAGAGACCAUGCUGACAGUAACAUUGUCAUCAUGCUCGUUGGAAACAAGUCCGAUUUGAGACACUUGCGCGCUGUGCCUACCGAGGAGGCUAAACAAUUUGCCAGCGAAAACAACCUUUCGUUCAUCGAGACCUCUGCUCUGGACGCCAGCAACGUCGAGCUUGCUUUCCAAAACAUCCUUACAGAAAUCUACCGCAUUGUUUCCAGCAAGGCUCUCGAUCAAGGCGAAGGCAAGGAGAGCGGCCCCGGAAGUGGUGCCCCUGUCAGCGUUCCCUUGACCAAGCCCGCCGACGGUAACGCAAAGUCUGGCCAGUGCUGCUAA